AUGUUUGAUCUUAGUCUCUGUCGCCAUUUCACAAUGAAUGUGAACACGUGUCCCGGUCCCUGCGAUUUAUACUUUGUCCUUCCAACCCAUCCGUGUAACACGUGUUAUCCCCUGCAGCACAUUGUCAGCGGCAGUCCCUUCCACGUCGUUCUCACUUUACCCCCUUCACACCCCUCUCCACCUCCCCAACCCUCUCGUUAUACUCCUGCUCUCUUUCCCCCACUCUUCCUCCGCCCCCCUCCCUCUUCUGACCCUCAUUCAUUGUGUUCCUCAUUCAUUGCCUUCCUCAUUCAUCGUGUUCGUUCCUCCCUCUGCAGGGCUUUCCUCUAUCCCAAUUUCCUCUCUGCUGCGGAGUGUGAUUACAUCGUCAACAUGUCGCGCCCGCUAAUGGAGCGGUCGACAGUGGUGGGGCAGGGCGGAAAGAGCGUGGUCGACCACAUCCGGACCAGCAACGGGUGCUUCAUUGAUAAGUACAAGGACCCGGUCAUCAAGAGCAUAGAGGAGCGCAUUGGCGACUGGACCUUCCUGCCCCUUGGUACGCUCCCUCCCUCCAUGCCUCUUGGUACAUACGUGGUGACUUGUUUGAGUCGACUCAACAGUCACAUCCGGACCAGCAACGGCUGCUUCAUUGAUAAGUACAAGGACCCGGUCAUCAAGCGCAUAGAGGAGCGCAUUGGCGACUGGACCUUCCUGCCCCUUGGUACGCUCCCUCCCUCCAUGCCUCUUGGUACAUACGUGGUGACUUGUUUGAGUCGACUCAACAGUCACAUCCGGACCAGCAACGGCUGCUUCAUUGAUAAGUACAAGGACCCGGUCAUCAAGCGCAUAGAGGAGCGCAUUGGCGACUGGACCUUCCUGCCCCUUGGUACGCUCCCUCCCUCCAUGCCUCUUGGUACAUACGUGGUGACUUGUUUGAGUCGACUCAACAGUCACAUCCGGACCAGCAACGGCUGCUUCAUUGAUAAGUACAAGGACCCGGUCAUCAAGCGCAUAGAGGAGUGCAUUGGCGACUGGACCUUCCUGCCCCUUGGUACGCUCCCUCCCUCCAUGCCUCUUGGUACAUACGUGGUGACUUGUUUGAGUCGACUCAACAGUCACAUCCGGACCAGCAACGGCUGCUUCAUUGAUAAGUACAAGGACCCGGUCGUCAAGCGCAUAGAGGAGCGCAUUGGCGACUGGACCUUCCUGCCCCUUGGUACGCUCCCUCCCUCCAUGCCUCUUGGUACAUACGUGGUGACUUGUUUGAGUCGACUCAACAGUCACAUCCGGACCAGCAACGGCUGCUUCAUUGAUAAGUACAAGGACCCGGUCAUCAAGCGCAUAGAGGAGCGCAUUGGCGACUGGACCUUCCUGCCCCUUGUGGACCCGGUCAUCAAGCGCAUAGAGGAGCGCAUUGGCGACUGGACCUUCCUGCCCCUUGGUACGCUCCCUCCCUCCAUGCCUCUUGGUACAUACGUGGUGACUUGUUUGAGUCGACUCAACAGUCACAUCCGGACCAGCAACGGCUGCUUCAUUGAUAAGUACAAGGACCCGGUCAUCAAGCGCAUAGAGGAGCGCAUUGGCGACUGGACCUUCCUGCCCCUUGGUACGCUCCCUCCCUCCAUGCCUCUUGGUACAUACGUGGUGACUUGUUUGAGUCGACUCAACAGUCACAUCCGGACCAGCAACGGCUGCUUCAUUGAUAAGUACAAGGACCCGGUCAUCAAGCUCAUAGAGGAGCGCAUUGGCGACUGGACCUUCCUGCCCCUCGUCUCAUCCGACCGGACCAGCAACGGGUGCUUCAUUGAUAAGUACAAGGACCCGGUCAUCAAGGGCAUAAAGGAGCGCAUUGGCGACUGGACCUUCCUGCCCCUCGCCAACCAGGAGGCGAUGCAGGUGCUGCAGUAUCAGUACGGGCAGAAGUACGGAGCGCACUGGGACUACUACGAUGAUAAGAAUGCACAGCCAGGCGGCCCCCGCUACGCCACUGUGCUCAUGUACCUUACUGACGUGGUGAAAGGGGGGGAGACCGUUUUUCCCCAGUCUGAGGCGGACCCAACUGUGAAGGACGACAGCUGGAGUGACUGUGGCAAGCAGGGAAUCGCAGUGAAGCCAGCCAAGGGCAGUGCGCUGCUAUUCUUCAGCAUGAAGCCAGACGGCUCCUUUGACACGGCCUCGCUGCACUCAGGCUGUCCUGUGAUCGAAGGGGAGAAGUGGUCCGCCACCAAGUGGAUCCACGUUGACUCCUUUGACCCGCCCUUCCGCGACCCCGACGUGUGCCAGGAUGAUGAUGUGAACUGUGGCGACUGGGCGCGGGCGGGGGAGUGUGAGAGGAACCCCAAGUACAUGAACGGCACCGGGAAAACGCAGUAUGAGCUGGGGUUCUGCCGCAAGAGCUGUGGGGUUUGCUGA